AUGAAGCUGCUACUUUCAGCUCUCGUUGUCUUCCAUUUAUUGUUACCACUAAAGGGGUCAUCCCUUGAGGCCUCAGCAAAGGUGCCAGAGCAGAGCAAUCCAUCCUUUUCAGCCGUCUCUGCCGCCAAGCGUUCAAUUGGCGAAAAUCACGCUGCUUUCGGAGGCGAAGCUGCACUAAGAUGGUCACACUGCACUCCGUUUGCAGAGCUUGCUCCUCGGCAGAAGAUUAUGGGUGUUAUCAAUACAAUCGCUGUCCUGAGGACGAAAGCUGCUCUCCUCGACGAAAUGAAACACGCGUUUGAACCAAGGACGACCGCUAAAAGCCCAGGAAUUGUCAGUGGUGGCUCCCUCCCCGGACCGGCACUUGCUUAUGGGGACUGCCGCUUAGGCAUACUCCCUUUCGAAGUGUGCAGACACCUCGGCUUUCUUGACAGCGAUCCAAUGGUUGCUCCCAGCUCGACUCAGAGCAAACUGCUGAGAUUGGUGGGCGCUAGCUCUCUCGUCGCUUCCUAUAAAAAGGGGCAGGCACAUCUCAACGAUGACCCUCACCUUAACUCAGUCCUAGGACCUCAGCUUGUGGACUAUGCAGUGAGAGCUCUCACCUUGUUUUGGAAUUCCCAGCUCCUCUCCCCAGCAUUCGAUGCAAGAGGGGUAAACACCGAACAGGUUAAGCAAGCGUUGUACUACGCUGACGCCUUCCUCUUCCAAACGGCAACACAAGCUAAACACAUUAUUCGCUUCAACCGAUCGGAGUACGAUGAUGUAGCGAGUUGGCUGGCACUUUUGUUCUCGGACGCCGAGCCAAACGCGAGUGCUCACCGAGAAGGGGACCCCCAGCGUGUGGAGGAAGAUACUAGAGUAGAACCCUCAGCGACUGCAGCGAAGCCGCAAGCUAAAGAAAACGACUUCGUUGUCAGGUCAAAGACCCCAACAAACCAGCAGGGUAAAGAAGGUGUUACUGCUAGGCCAACUCAUGCACCUGUCCCGGGACCCUCUAGCCAGAAGGAAGAAGAGGGUGGGAUGUUCGGUGGUUUCCUCAGCCGGUUCUUCACCUCCCAAGCCCCCAAGCCUUCUCAUUCCCCGUCCGGCUCAUCACUUCAACAGUCGACUCAACUAAAGAAUGCGGAACCUGAAACAGCGCCUAUCAACUCUUUCUCUGCUUUUGCCACCUCUGUCGGGGAAGGCCUGACAUCUAUCGUGACAAGUACGGCCCGCGGUGCUGCUAAGUUCGUCCAAGGAGAAUCUCAUUCUGCUCCUCCACCAAAAAGCGAAUCCAUUGUCGAUAAAUUAACAGAGGAACGCGUCAGCAACAUUUUAGACGCACUCCCCGAAAACGUGAAUGGCCAGUUCCGCUGA